GUGAAACGUACACAGGCAAGCGCGAUUUCCACGCCACGUCGACAUCAUCAUGCUCAAGGUGCACCGCAAAGCAGGGGAGCUCCUCUUGGAGGACUGCCGCAAGGGAGAUUCGAGCUGGCUGCGUGUGAGCCUCCCGUCGUCCAAAGUGGAGAAGACGCCAAGCGGAGACGCGUCGGCUGUGUCCAAGCCGUUGGUAGACCUCGAGGAAGUCGCCCGGGUCAAGGACGCAACUGACGAACCGCCCCUCGAAGUGAAGGCGCUGUACGGUGUAUACUCGCUCCUGUCGGGACCGUACCUGGCAUUCAUCAAAGACAACGCGUGCGUCAUCGGCAAAGGCCCGAACGACGAAAGCAUCUACCAGGUGCUCGAACUUGAGUUCGUUCCCGUAUCCGAGCACGCCGAGCGCCACUUUCAAUCGACCGCAAGCAAGCAGGAGAAGCGAGACCAGGCGAUCUACUUGAACAUGCUCAAGACGAUCGGGAAGAGCAAGAUGUUCUACUUUUCCUUUGACUACCCUCUGACGUUGUCGGCGCAGCGAUACGCCCUCGCAACGGCGUCGGCGGCCAAGCUGCCGGCCCACGCGAGGGCGGACGAGUCGUUCUUUUGGAACAAGCCCGUGCUGGGUCCGUUCUUUCACUCGAAGGUCAAGUUGGAUCGGUGGAUCGUGCCAGUGAUCAACGGCUUUGUCAAGGUCGUGAAGGGAGUCAUGAUGACGUCGAACACUGCGCCGGUAGACUUUUUCUUCUUCACCCGGCGCAGUUGGCACCGCGUGGGCACGCGAUUCAACGUCCGUGGCGUCGACAAGGACGGCCAUUGCGCCAACUUUGCCGAAACCGAGAUGAUGGUGCGCAAGGGCGACGGGGGUCUGUGCUCGUAUGUGCAAAUCCGAGGGUCCAUCCCGCUCUACUGGGACCAAAUGGUCACACUCAAGUACAUGCCGCGUACGCGCUAUGCGUACAGCCAGUCGGACUUGAUCGAUUGGAACGAGCUCGCGUUCCGUGCGCAUUUUGACAACGUGAUUGCCAAGUACGGCCACGUCACUGUGCUCAACUUGAUCGACAAGAACGGCAAGUCGUCCACAGUGCGGGACCAGAACCAACUCGGGUCUGCGUUUCAGAAAUACACGAAAAAGUACAACCAAAACCAGGGCAGUGGCGCCGGCGAUGACGACGACUCGUCAGCUGUGACGUCUCCGUCGUCGCUGCGGUCACGCAAAGCUGCCGCACCCAAGGAAGCGUCGCCCGCUGUGCCGACGGCAACGUUGUCGUCGCUGUUUGCGCAGCCGAUUGCAUACAUUUGGUUUGACUUCCACGACGAGUGCCGCAAGAUGCAGUGGGGGAACCUCGCCAAGCUCAUGGAGUCGGCGGCCGAGUGCUUUGCCAAGUAUGACUGGUUCGAAGUCGACGCGGACGGUCGCGUCAUAAAGAAGCAAAAAGGCGUGUUCCGCGUCAACUGUAUGGACAAUUUGGACCGGACGAAUGUCGUGAUGAGCCUCGUGGCGCGCCGCACGAUGCUGCUCUGCCUCCGCCUCGACUCGAAGGACAUGUCGUGGCUGGACUCGCCGUUUGAAGCGUUCGAGUCGUUCUUCAAGAACGCGUGGGCCGACAACGCGGACGCAGUCUCGCUCAUGUACGCGGGGACGGGGGCGCUCAAGACCGACUUUACGCGCACGGGCAAGCGCACGCUUGCUGGUGCGAUUCAGGACGGAAUCAACUCGGUCACUCGGUACUAUCUCAACAACUUUACCGACGGUAUCCGUCAAGACUCGCUCGACUUGUUCGUUGGCAACUUUACGGCCGAUCGCCGCACGGACAGUCCGUUCACAGUCCAGCAGCAAAACAGUUUGGCGUUCAUGCUGGCCGAGGUCGUCGUGCUCGGCGUGUUCCUCACAGGGGUGUCGCUGUCAUUGCAUUGGAACGAAGAUGUCCACAUCCGUCUUCGAGACGGAAUCGCGGCCGCCGUGUCCGGGCUGGUCGUCCUCGCCUACCUUUUGCUCAAGAAGGGUUCGUUCCGGUCCGUGGGACGGCACUGCGUGUGUAAGCCAGCCUUUUGCUCGACGGGGUACAUCCGAAGACCGGAAGCCGCCAAGUAGACCACCGCUGGACGGCAGCCCAAUCCUUGAAUCCAUAUCUCCUUGGUGUUCGAUCCCGUGAAAUGGAGGAGGCGUGGGUUGGUCGAGAUGGUCAGGCGGCUGUCUUCCAGCACACCCACGCGCAUUAGGCUUGGUCGUCCAAGCUUGAUGGUCAUUGAACGCUUGGUGGGAUCGAUCUCACUGAAUGCAAUGAAGCGGUAGGUGGAUAUACCUCGCGGUGGCAUGGCGUCAAGGUGUUUGCACCAAAUGGAUUCGUAUCUCACUCCAGGUCUGCAUUAUAUCUACUUCAUUUUAUACGUGACUGCCGGUCCUGUGGCGCUCCAUCGUUGCCUC